CUGGCGGGUGGCGCGUCGGCGUCCGUCGGCGCGCCCCAACUGCAUUUGAUCUGUGGUUCUGUGGCUCUGUGCUCGCGCCGGCGGCCGGCCCGCGGCGCCCGCGCUCACAGUGCACAGUACACAUUACACAGGGCCCCCUUACGCGCCACUCGCCGAGCGCGAGGCGUCGCCGUCCGGCCGCCUCGCUGCAUGCCGACGAGGCUUUCCACGUUGUACUCGAGCGACACCUCGAUUCAAACCCUUAAGAUUCUGGGCUCUUGGAUGUAUGCAUUGGCUUAUGUGAACUGUGACUCGUUUUCGUUUCCUUUCUUGGUCGGAGACCGUGUCGCCGGGCGCCGCAGACUGCUGCCCGACGGCGCGAUCGCGUCUAUAUCUUCCUACAUCUCACCGACUCGAUCGUAUCAUCGACUCCGCAUCGACUCAUAG